AUGGUGUGUAUGAAACAGGCCAGCGACGCCUAUCUGUGGCGCUCCAAUCCGGCGGAGGCAGCUGAAGCACGUAGGAGGGCCGUCAGUCAGGCGGUCAAUCAGGCGGUCGCAGCAGUGUAUCUGAAACUAUCAGAGGUGGCGAGUAGGCCUUUUAAUAGUGCCAUGACUGCAGCAUCAAACACAAGGGUGGCAACGAAUAAUGCAAAGCAAGCUGCAGACAAUACUCUGGCAUCUGCCAAAUUGGCGCAGGAAGCCAUGGACAAGGUGGUGGCCGCGGUGGCCGGCGGCAGCCCAGAUUUGGUGGCGGCAGCCCCUGGAAUACUGGAUAUACUAGCACAUCACGAAAUGAUAGGCUACCUUUAA